GCUGCCUUGCCGCCGGAUUCAUGAUUUUGAGCGUUUGAAUCUCCAAGAAUUUCGGCUAUACUGAUGUCCGCCGCAAAAGCUGUAUAUCCCAUUCAAAUACUCCGGCAAACGGUGGAUAUCAGUGCCUUGGCCAAUAAUUACGCCGCCAAGCUUCAUCUAUGCCACCAACGCGGCCCUUCCGGCCACCAUAUCGCCGCCGGAAUCCAUGCCCACAUGAUUGCAUCCGGUUUCGUUCCACGCGGCCACAUUCGUAACCGUUUGAUUGACAUUUACAGCAAAUCCUCUCGUUUGGGCUACGCAGAGAAACUGUUCGAUGAAAUUCCCGAACCAGACAUUGUUGCAAGAACCACUAUGAUCGCAUCAUAUUCUGCUUCUGGGAGCCCCAAUUUGGCCAAACAGAUAUUCGAGAAAACCCCGCUGAGAAUCCGAGACACGGUCUGCUACAAUGCCAUGAUCGCUUGCUAUUGCCAUAGCAACGACGGCCAUGCUGCCGUUCGUCUCUUCAGUGAGAUGAGGCGGAAGAGGUUUGAACCCGACUGUUUCACUUUCACAAGCACGCUUGCAGCUUUGGCGCUUGUAGCCACUCGCGAGGAGCAAUGCGAUCAGAUGCAUUGCGUUGUGCUUAAAUCCGGCUGCGGUUUGGUUACUUCUGUUUUAAAUGCACUCUUAUCUGCUUAUGUCAAGUGUGCGUUUUCUCCCUUCGUGUCUUCUUCUUCGCUUUUUGCCUCUGCGAGGAAACUGUUUGAUGAGAUGCCGGUAAAGGAUGAGCUGUCGUGGACAACGAUGAUCACAGGGUAUGUGAGAAACAAAGAUCUUGAUGCUGCUAGAGAAUUUUUUGACUCGAUGGAUCAAGAUUUGGUGGUGGCGUGGAAUUCUAUGAUUUCGGGAUAUGUACAAGAGGGGUUGGUUGUGAAAGUCUUUGAGAUGUUCAGAAAAAUGCAGUCUUUAGGGGUUAAAUACGAUGAUUUUACCUACACCAAUGUGUUGAGCGCUUGUGCUGAUUCGAGCUUGAUUCUUCAUGGUAAGCAGAUUCAUGCGUACAUUCUUCGGAUAGAGGCAAAACCCCCAACGGAUUUCAUGGUUUCGGUGACCAAUGCCUUGAUCACUUUAUAUUGGAAGUGUGGUAAAGUUCACCAAGCAAGAAACAUUUUUGAUGCCGCUUGCACCAAGGAUCUUGUUUCAUGGAACGCGAUGUUGUCAGCUUAUGUGAGUGUGGGGGAAAUUGACAAGGCGAAAGCCAUUUUUGAUGAGAUGUAUGAGAAAAACGUUUUAGCGUGGACAGUUAUGAUAUCAGGGUUAGCACAACACGGCUUAGGCGAAGAAGCUUUGAAACUUUUCAAUAGGAUGAAGUCUUGCGGGCUUGAGCCGUGCGACUAUGCAUUUUCAGGCGCUAUUACCUCUUGCGCUGUGCUUGCGUCUUUGGAACAAGGGCGUCAGCUCCACGGCCAGCUUAUCCGACUUGGCUUUGACUCGAGCCUUUCAGCAGGAAAUGCUCUUAUAACAAUGUAUGCAAGAUGCGGUGCUCUUGAUGCCGCAUACAAGGCUUUUCUCACAAUGCCGUGUCUCGACUCUGUGUCGUGGAAUGCAAUGAUAGCAGCACUUGGGCAACACGGGCAUGGGGCCAAAGCAACGGAGUUAUACGAAGAGAUGCUGGAAGAACGCAUUUUGCCUGAUAGGAUAACGUUCCUCACGGUCCUCUCUGCUUGUAGUCAUGCCGGUUUAGUUGAUGAAGGAAAGAAAUACUUCGAAUCCAUGAAGGAAGUAUAUGGAAUAACUCCCUGUGAAGAUCAUUAUGCACGACUCGUUGAUUUGUUGGCUCGAGCUGGGCGAUUAACCGAAGCUCAAAAUGUGAUCCAGACCAUGCCUUUUGAGGCCGGGUCACAAAUUUGGGAGGCUUUACUUUCUGGCUGCCGUCUUCAUGGAAACAUGGACUUAGGCGUCCGUGCUGCUGAAAAUCUCUUUGACAUGAUUCCGAAGCAUGAUGGCACGUAUAUCCUUUUGGCUAAUAUGUUUGCUGCUGCAGGGCGGUGGGAUAGUGUUGCCACAGUCCGUAAAUUUAUGAGGGAUCGAGGAGUGAAGAAGGAGCCGGGGUGUAGCUGGCUCGAGGUUGAGAAGAAGGUUCACGUGUUUUUGGUUGACGAUGCUGUGCACCCUGAGAUUCAUCAAGUGUAUAGAUAUUUGGAGGAGUUCGUUUUGAGGUUAAGGGAAUUGGGAUACGUUCCGGAUACUAAGUAUGUAUUGCACGAUAUAGUGCCGGAACAAAAGGAGCAGUCGUUAUCCACUCACAGUGAGAAGUUGGCGGUCGUUUAUGGACUCCUGAAGCUUCCUCGUGAAGCCACCAUUAGAGUCUUCAAGAACCUGCGUAUUUGUGGGGACUGCCACAAUGCAAUCAAGUUCAUGUCGAAAGCUGAGAGUAGAGAGAUUAUUGUUAGAGAUGUAAAAAGGUUUCAUCAUUUUAAGGAUGGCGAAUGCUCAUGUGGUGAUUACUGGUGAAGGAAAUGUGUCGGUGAGCAAUCGAGCCAUCCUCGAUCUCAGGAAUUGCUGCCACCUCCUUAACUCUCGUAUUCCCUAAAGCAAGACUACUUGUUGCAUUGCUCCUUUUAGUGAAGUUCUUGACUUGCAGAGUUGAUCUAAUCUUCUGGUCGCGAUCGAACGUCCAUGUUCCGUGGCAUCAGAGCAAAUACUUCUUCAAGUGCAAUGUUUUAUGCAACUGUGGAAUACACAACCUGAGCUCUGUGGCGAUGAGGAGCCUAUUAAUCAAGGGGAUGAGAUCGAAUCAAUAAGGGAAGCAGAAGAAACGAGACGAGAGGAAGAUGCAGCGAAGUUGAAAGAGCAAUGUCGCUUGGAGGCACUUGCAACGACGAAUGAGGCACGCGAAAGGUAAAAAAAAAAGGAAGCAGACAAGACGCAACGAUCAAUCGGAUCGUGUGUUUUUAAAUAUGCAUAGGGACGAGUCCUCCAAAUUUUGUCUCCUAUUCCGAUUGAUGAUGAGAGGUGAGAGAUUUUCUUGAUUUGUAUGGGAUGUUGCUAUGAAUAUGCCACUGGGUUCAGUUGCUCUGUCUCUACUCCAAUUGAAGCUAUGCUCAACUUUAUUUUCUAUA